AUUAUUGGCGAAUGGCGACAGUUUACAGAAAUUUAAAUAUUGUGUCUAUUAUAUAUAGGGGCAGGGGCCAUCUUACGUUCGUACCUCUAACAAUAUUGCAUCUGGCGAAUUGAAGUGAAUUUGAUGGAGUUCCAUUUACAACCCCAAAAGGCUGACACCACCGUAUUUGAAGGAGAAGGUGGCGGUUACUACGCAUGGACACCACCCAAAACUCCGGUGGUUGAGGAGGCGGUGAUCGGCGCCGGUAGACUUGUUUUACAGCCACAAGGCUUCGCUCUGCCUCACUAUGCCGACGCUUCCAAGAUUGGUUACGUCAUCCAAGGUAGGUGCACCGUAGGACUCAUAUUGGCAGACAAAGACAAGCCAGAAGAGAAAGUCGUUAUCAUCAAUGAAGGAGACGCCAUUCCGGUUAAAAUCGGAAGCAUUUCGUGGUGGUACAACGGCGGAGAUUCAGACGUGAGCAUUAUAUUCCUAGGCGAAAGCAGCCAAUCGCACAGUCGAGGCCAGUUCGACUACUUUUUUCUGAGCGGCGCCAUCGGCAUUCUCCGUGGCCUUUCCACCGAGUUUGUCAGCAAAAUGUAUGGUCUGAGCGGCGAGCAGUCCAAGGAGUUGGUCGAAAGUCAAUCCAACGCAUUGGUCGUAAAGAUUGGCGCAACCAUUCACUUGCCUCAGGAAUCCAACUGCAAGCAAGAAGAAUAUAUCAUCAGUUCAUUAGGUGUAGGUGUGGAGAUGACGUCUCCUUUGGUGGAUGAAGUCGGGCUUACUCCAAAAUUGGUGAGACUCGAAGCUGACACGAUGCUCGACCCUUACUACAGCAUGGCGCAUCAGAUUAUGUAUGUUACGAAAGGUGGGGGGCGGAUUCAAAUGGUGGGGUUGAAUGGUGCGAGAGUGUUGGAUGAGGUUGUGGAGGAGGGCCACCUCAUUUUUGUGCCCAAAUUCUUUCUUGCUGCUUUCAUGGCUACCCACAAAGGCUUCGAAUUCUUCUGUGUUUCCACAUCUCCAAGAGCUUUAUCGAUGCAUGUAGGUGGGAAGUCAUCAGCAUAUAAAGCAUUGUCUUCAUCAGUUUUGGAGGCUGCAUUGAAUGUUUCUCCUGAGUUCGUCAAGAGCUUCAAGUCUGGAAUUUGAAAAAUGUUUUCGUCAGCUGCCUUCGCUUUGGUUUCAUUUCAAGUACUAUAAAUUAAAUUUGGGGCAAACCGCCUGAAUGCUCACCAAACCUGGUGUACUGUAGUAGUGACUGGCUUGCUUUGUUUUUUUUAUGUGUUUUUUUUUGGACAUGAUCAUGUUGUGGAAAUAAAAAUAUCGUCCAAUAGUUGUUGCCAUUAA